UCUAGAAUUCUGUAACUGCAGCACAUGGCCCGUCUAUACGCUCUCCCUUUGCCUCUGCUCCGUCCCGCCAAAAUUUCAACCUCAAUCACUCCUGUCCUUCGCAAUGCCAAUGCUUCCCUAAUCCUCCAUCCUCCUGCUCUCUCCAUCCCAAUCCUCUCUGCAAAAUCCAUCUCUAGAAACCGUCUUACAGCCAAUGCCCCUCACCAGAAGUACAUUUACCCGGACCCCAUUCCCGAAUUCGCAAAAUCUGAGACCCUGAAGUUUAGGGCUGAGCUCUACAAGAAACUGUCAAAGGACAAGGAAACAUUCCGUGAUGAACUUGAUAAAGUAGUUGACGUUUGCUCGGAGGUAUUGGAUGUUAGCAAUUUUUUAGCUGAAUGUGUAUUGGUAUCAAACAAUGACAUGCAAACGGAAAGUUGAAUAUAACCUGCUCGAGAAAAUGUGCAAGUGAAGCCACGGAUUUCGUUUUGUGAUAAGAAUUUGGCACUUGCCUUGACGUCGCCAAAUGAAUUUAAUGGAAGUCCUCAAAGAAGUUCAUUGAAUGCGCUUCCAUUAGAUUUGGAAGUGAAUACACUCUGUUAAAAUUACUGUUUUGCUGUUUCAUUUCAAUGUUAUAGGUGCCAUUAUAUUGAACUAUUCCAUCCAACAUCUUCUCUCUCUCUCUCUCUCUCUCUCUCUCUCUCUCUCUCUCUAUAUAUAUAUAUAUAUAUAUAUAUAACUGCAAAAUCAGAGAUGGAGAUAAUCUGUAUAUAUUGUUUGACAACAAAUAAACCUUCAUAGAUCAGUAUCUUAUUCUGCUCCUAAGGAUGAGAGUUUGACUGUUUGAUUUGAAAUUUGCUGUCUGGAGAUACCAAUCAAUGUUGGCUACUUAGAGAGAGAAAAUUGUCAAGGAAGAAUGAUCUCAUACCAACAAUAUAGAUUAAUAAGCAAAGAAGAACAAGGGUGAAAAACAAGAAGGAGACUUUUUUUUUGUUUACAUUAAAUUCUUUUCCCAUUACUUGUUGGCAUUACUAAUGAACAUGUAUGGGCAUGUCUGUAUCUGCUUGAUAUCCUUGCUUUCUUCUUGCAUUAUGUGGAAAGAAAGCCACAUCUUCCAUAAUCAUUUAAAUUUGGCUAGGAUGCAUUGGGUUAGGGAGAAUUGAAGCAGAGGGACUUGGAUUUUAUGUUUAGUUUAAAUUACUUUAAUGGAGUUUAUAAGAGUUAGGCAUCUUUAUGUUAGCUGGAGAUCUGACCUUUGGAACUCUCUUUUCUCUACUUUACUACCUCAAUCUCUUAACUCUUUUCUCAUAUUCCUAAUUCAUCUUUCCUAACAUAUUCCAUUUAUCCAUUCUCUUACAGAGCAUUGAAGAAUAUGCGUAAAUUAGUUUAAAUAUGAAUUUUAUACACCUACUUAAAAAGUUGUAUUUGAAAAUACCAGUAUUUUUUUUAAUAGCAUUUAUCUAAAGAUGGGAUGUUUGAAACUAUGGCACGGUAAGAAUAUGUAAUAGAUUGAUUUUAAAUUCACAAAGUUGUGAUCAAAAUGAUCUUUAUAGGGUGUUCAAGCAUAUAACUAAUUAACUAUUUAUUGGCAUACUAAAAAAUUCAACAAAACCGGAGGCCCUGAUUUAUGGCCAACAUUUGUUCUUGCAUUGAAGGAGAAAGACAUUCAUUUAUGCUAGAUAGAACGUCCUUGCUUGUUAGGAUACUUAAAAUUCCAACAAAAACCUAGGCUAACAUUUACGGUCAACAUCCUUACAAUAAAAAGAAAGUCUGCAUUGAGAAUUUUGAUUAGAAUUUUCUUACAUUCCACAGCUUACUUAAAGGGCCUAAGCCUAACUGCAAGUUGUUUUAUCAUUCAUUCUAGGAAAUUCUAUUUUUCCACUGAUGUGACAUAUGGUCCUAGGAUUGGCCAUGCUUUAUCCCCUGAAAUGUGUUUGAAUUACAACCACAGGAUCUGUCAUUGGUUUCUUUUCAUCCAGUUUUUAUUGAACAAAUGUCUAGCGAACACAUAGUUAGCAAAUUUGUGAAAGAAUGGGUUCAAGGAGAGUAUUAGAGUAAACUUGCUUGCUGCUUGUUCCAACUUCCAAACAUUUUCUCUUAAAAAUUUUCCAGAAAAAAUUAUUGGGGAAGAGGUUGUUGAUAUAUGAUGAUUUGAUGGCACAGCAAGCCUGCUUGCUCAUUUUAAGGGUGGAACUGCAAGGGAGAGGAAAUAUUUGAUUUGAAAUUAGCUUCUCUUCAUUAUGUUGCUUGUAAAUGUAGGAAGAAGUUCCUUAUUCUGAUAGCCAAGAGACAUGGGUAAGUGUUUGGCCCAAAUCACAAGCGCUGAACAGAAUUUGCGUUUUUAAGGAAGUUUAGCUGGCUGUGGUUCAGCAGUCAUUGCUAAAACAAAUUGUGAGGCAGCUAUGUAAAUAAGAUGGUAACUUUUGGUUUGUGGCCCUGGGAAGUUGACAUCCUUUAAUAGUGUAAAGUCCCCUUCUUUCUCUCUACGCUUUAGUGGUGGGAGGGGACAACUAUGUAAACAUGACAUUUAAAUUUCUAUUCCUAAAAGAGCCAGAGCUGUAGCCCUUUUGCUCCUUUUUUCCCUGUGAAAUUCCAUUGUUUAAGUUGUUGACA